AUGAGUGAGUACACAGUCAAGAAAAUCCAGGUUGUGGGUAAAUCUGCAGUGGUUCGCUAUUCACUUGACCCAGAAAACCCCACAAAAUCAUGCAAGUCAAGAGGUUCAAAUCUUUGUGUUCACUUUAAGAACACUCGUGAAACUGCCCAGGCCAUUAAGGGUAUGCAUAUCCGAAAAGCCACCAAGUAUCUGAAGGAUGUCACUUUAAAGAAGCAAUGUGGGGCUUCCCUGCAAUGUGUACCAUUCCGUCAUUACAGUGGUGGAGUUGGUAGGUGUGCCCAGGCCAAACAGUGGGGCUGGAUGCAGGUUCGGUGGCCCAAAAAGAGUGUUGAAUUUUUACUGCACAUGCUCAGUAAUGCAAAGAGUAAUGCUGAAGUUAAGGGCUUAGAUGUAGAUUCUGUGGUCAUUGAGAACAUCCAGGUGAACAAAGCUGCCAAGAUGUGGUGCAGGACUUACAGAGCUCAUGGUCAGAUCAUCCCAUACAUGAGCUCUCCCAGCCCCACUGAGAUGAUCCUUACUGAAAAAGAACAGAUUGUUCCUAAACCAGAAGAGCAGCUUGCACAGAAGAAAAAGAUAUCCCAGAAGAAACUGAUGGAUGGCCUCCGGUCACCAAAGGCUGCUGGGAAGCAGCCUCCUCCAGAGGAGAACCCAGUGUUCCACUGGAACGUAGAGGCGGAAGGGCGUGCUGGGGAGAAGCCCUUUCAGGGUCUUGCACAGCUCUGUAACGGCAGUCACAUCACAGGCUUCCUGACGCUGGAAAGCACGAGGCCACCAUAG